AAAGAUCACACUUUUUUCUAAGUGUACAAAUUGUUUGACAGUCGGCGUAACGACAGCUGGACUUGUUAUUGUUGUGGUCUUAUGAAAUCGGAUCUUUUGAACUUAAAUUAGUCAUUAGCACAUAACGAAACAGGCAUUAUGAGUCUUCUCAUCGCGAUCCGUAGUUUGUCUACUCAAGUAAAUAAUCCUCGGACUAUUCGUUUGACGCCGUCAUUGUUCAAUAAACAUAUAAAGCGUACUUUAAGCAGUCACCAGCUAUGCUGCAAACAAAUUAGCAAAGUGCAAACAAAUCAGUCGGGCGCAGACCUGCUACACAAUCGACGGAGAAAUUUACGUUCUAUGAAUCCGAACAAUUUCAUUUCAGCUUCGCUGGUCGACUCUGCUACCUUCGAAGUGGUAUGCUCCGAGACUCUGGAAUCUUUGUGUGAUUACAUGGAGCAAUUGGUAGAGGAAACAAGCUUCCUAAAAUCAGCAGACGUGACUUACGGGGACGGUGUACUGACAGUAAACUUUGGGAAGCCGUACGGAACCUACGUCAUAAAUAGACAGUCACCAAACCGACAGAUUUGGCUAAGUUCGCCAACCAGUGGUCCAAAACGGUACGAUUAUAUCCCGGACAAAUCGACCACCAGCAAAGGUUGCUGGGUGUAUAAGCACGACGGCAUCUCCUUGCACGAACUACUACAGCGAGAAUUACCUGAAAUCGUUCAAAGGGAAGUCGAUUUUCUAUCUUUACCGUAUGGCCAGCGAAUUAAGUGAUUGGCAUUUUAUAUCUAAGCAUCAUUCUAUGAGACGAAAAAAACUAGCGUUUGUUUAGA